CCGGAGAAAACCAAAAUCGCAAGAAUAUCCCUCUCAUUUCCUUUCCAAUUCCUCUUUGGUUUUGUUUCUCUCUCCGUCCAAUCUUUCUUUUUCUAUACUACUACCUACCCCCGACCCCCCACUUCCCUCUUCUCUCGACAGUGUCGCCAACGCCUCCACUCCAUUUCUCUCUCUACUUUCUCUUUCCACUCUCAUUCGGAUCUCCAAAAUGCAGACCACUGCAUUUACCUUCUCUCCUUCAAUUUCACUUUCCAAGCCUCGAAGGCCUUCGAUCUACAGUUUGAAUCCUAUAUCCCCAUCGUCCCCUUCGAGAUCGCUCCAUUUCGCCUCCAUCAAUGGCCUCUCUGGCUCUUCGCUUCCUCGAUUCCCUUCAAUUCGUUGUUCUUCGUCUUUUCGGGGACUGAAUGGCUGGAUUUCGUCUCCGCCGCCGGAGGAGCAAGGAUCGGAUGGUGUUGUGGUUAGGGCGGCGUCGGUACCUGAGAGUACCGGAGAGAUUGAAAAGACGAGCAGCUUGACCAGCACGUUGCAACUUGGGGCUCUCUUCGGGCUUUGGUACCUUUUCAACAUAUAUUUCAACAUCUACAACAAACAGGUUUUGAAAGUGUUCCCAUAUCCAAUAACUAUAACCACUGUUCAGUUUGCUGUUGGGACUAUACUUGUUCUUUUUAUGUGGACAUCUAAUCUCUACAGACGGCCAAAAAUUAGUGGUGCACAGCUUGUAGCAAUUCUCCCAUUGGCAGUGGUGCACACCUUAGGCAACCUUUUCACAAACAUGAGUCUUGGAAAAGUUGCUGUUUCAUUCACUCACACUAUUAAAGCCAUGGAGCCCUUCUUCUCAGUUGUCCUCUCUGCUAUGUUUUUAGGGGAGAUACCCACCUUGUGGGUGGUUGCUUCUCUGUUACCAAUUGUUGGUGGAGUGGGACUAGCGUCAAUGACAGAGGCAUCUUUUAAUUGGCCUGGGUUUUGGAGUGCAAUGGCUUCUAAUUUGACCAACCAAUCUCGUAAUGUCCUUAGCAAAAAGUUUAUGGUCAAGAAAGAGGAAUCUUUGGAUAACAUUACUCUCUUCUCAAUUAUAACAAUUAUGUCCUUCUUCUUGCUGACUCCAUUUACUCUUUUCAUGGAAGGAGUCAAGGUCACCCCUGCAUACCUACAAUCUGCUGGGUUGAAUGUCAGACAGGUUUACAUUAGAUCUCUCCUUGCUGCACUCUGCUUCCAUGCAUAUCAACAAGUUUCUUAUAUGAUAUUGCAGAGGGUAUCCCCAGUCACCCACUCUGUGGGUAAUUGUGUGAAGCGGGUGGUGGUUAUUGUGACCUCUGUUCUCUUCUUCCGAACACCUGUUUCACCUAUCAACUCUAUGGGCACUGGAGUAGCCCUAGCUGGAGUGUUCCUGUAUUCGAGGGUGAAGCGCAUAAAACCAAAGCCGAAGGCAGCUUGAAGUUCUUUUGUUGAGAAUUUUUGCUGGUAACUUGGGGGUUUAGAUGAGAAAAUAGACAUUAUGACAUUCAAUGUUUUUUUUAUUUUUUAUUUUAUUUUGAAAUGGUAUCAUUCUUUUACUAGGUCCCCAAAAUUUUACUGGUUGCAAAUGUACGUGAUGAUCUGGGAAAACCAUUUCAUGUUGUGUUUUGUUUUUUUGGAUUAGCAUUUGUCCAGUUAUGCUGUGUUUGGUUGGGAGAUUUGAGCAGUGAUUUGGAAAGGAAAAA